UUCUGACUUCACCGGGAGAAAUUCUCGAAGUAUCAAAUAUGGGAUUCCUUCACCAGCUCCAUCUUCUAUUGUGGAAGAAUGUUACUUUGAAGCGAAGGGGACCGUGGGUUCUUGCGUUUGAGAUCUUCAUCCCUCUGGUCCUCUUCUUCAUCUUGCUGGGCCUCCGGCAGAAGAAACCAGCCAUCCCUGUGAAGGAAGUGUCCUUCUAUAGCGCCGCUCCGCUCACAUCAGCAGGUAUCAUUCCCAUUAUGCAGUCGCUGUGUCCGGAUGGCCAAAGAGACGAGUUUGGCUUCCUCCAAUACAAAAAUUCCACUGUGACUCAGUUGUUGGAGCGAAUCAGUGAGGUGGUGGAACAGAAUCACUUGUUCAUGUCAGACAGGCCCAGCCUGGGAGAGGAGCUGGAGUCUCUACAGCAACACCUGGAGAGUCUAAGUUCAGCACAGAGUCCGCUGGAGCAAGGCUUCAACACCAGUCGCGGCUUCACGGUGGGCAGCGUGCUGAGAAACCAGUCGGUUUUCCAGCAGUUCCUGGUCAGGAAUCUUUCUCUGUCCAACGAGACGGCCAGUCUCCUCCUCUCCUCUCCCGUCAAUCUCAAAGAGGUGUAUAAUCUUGUCUUCGGUGUGUAUCCCAAAGUGGGAGAUGGGCAGCAGGUUGGACAAACCCCUGGGGAACAGGUUCUAAAACUAGAGGGGCAGCUCUUGGGCGGAUGGCAUAGUCUGGAUGGAGGACUCAUCCAUAAGAUUCUACAGGACCCAGCCAAGGCCAACCACCACCAGGCUCUGAUAAAACUCUUGUCCCAAGCUUGGGGCCUUGCUGGUGAGGGUCUGGGCCAGAAGUAUGACCCUCAGGGACUACAAGAAAUGGAGGGACUCUUACCGACUGGUGCCAUGCUUGAGGGACUAACCUGUGGAGAGGGUGGGAGCAGUGAGCUGAAUAAGAUCCUAUUGGUUCCUGAGAAGCAGCAGUCAUUGCUAGAGGCCUAUCGCACAGCUGUAUGCAGUGGAGGGGCGGUCCAGAGGGCAGAGCGAUUUGGAGAGAUCAGUGAGGAACUGAAAGAGCAAACUGAUACACAGCGUGUCAUUGAGAAACUGCGACUGGAACAGACCAACAUGUCCAGUCUUCUGGCUCAGUCCCACCUGGGGGCCUUGCUAAAGAAUCUUGCCGACGUGGAGAGGCUUCUGAAGGACGUGGAUCUUCUCUCCGGGCUCGCUCGGCUACUUCCUAAGGGAGCCUGUGCAGGCCACCAGCCUCCGCCUGCAGCCAACACAUCCACCUGGAGCUCUAACAGCACCACCUGGGGACCUAACAUUACUGAUACACCUGGGGACGGAGGAGAAGGAGCCAAAGGGAAAGAAACAGACGGAGAGAACCCAAGAUCACAGUUUUCUGCAUUUGUACAGCUUUGGGCAGGGCUGCAGCCUAUACUGUGUGGAAAUAAUAGGAUCAUAGAGCCUGAAGCUUUAAAACAGGGUAAUAUGAGUUCUCUCGGCUUCACUAGCAAAGAACAACGCAACCUUGGCUUACUGGUCCACCUCAUGACUACAAAUCCCAAGAUCCUCUACUCUCCCAUCGGCUCACAAGUGGACAAAGUCAUUCAGAAGGCCAACGAGACAUUUGCGUUUGUGGGGAACGUCACUCACUAUGCCCGUGUGUGGCUGAACAUCUCAGCAGAGCUACGGACAUUCCUAGAAGAGGGCAAGCUGCACAACCACCUGGCCUGGCUGCAGCAGUUCAUCUCUGACCUGCGGAAACACCCGGAGCUGCUGAAUACGUCUGACAGUGAGCUGAUUCACAGCCUGGUGGAGGAGAACUUCACCCUGCCCAACACCACCACCCUACUGGAGCAGCUGGACACCAUUGACAAUGCAGCCUGUGGUUGGACACACUUCAUGUCUAAGGUCAGCGUGGACAUCUUCAAAGGGUUUCCUGACGAGGAGAGCAUUGUGAACUACACUCUAAACCAGGCGUACCAUGACAACGUGUCCGUCUUCGCCAGUGUUAUCUUCCAGACCAACAAGGACGGUUCUCUGCCUCCCCAUGUUCUCUACAAAAUACGACAGAACUCCAGCUUCACAGAGAAGACCAACGAAAUCCGCCGGGCUUACUGGAGACCUGGACCCAACACUGGUGGCAAAUUCUACUUCCUGUAUGGCUUCGUGUGGAUUCAAGAUAUGAUUGAAAGGGCCAUUAUUAACACAUUUGUGGGACAUGACGUCGUAGAGCCAGGAAACUAUGUCCAGAUGUUCCCCUACCCCUGCUACACCAGAGACGAUUUUCUGUUUGUAAUUGAACACAUGAUGCCCCUGUGUAUGGUGAUCUCCUGGGUUUACUCUGUGGCCAUGAUGAUCCAGCACAUCGUUGCAGAGAAGGAACAUCGUCUCAAAGAGGUGAUGAAGAUGAUGGGACUAAAUAACGCCGUGCACUGGGUCGCCUGGUUUAUCACGGGCUUCGUGCAGCUCUCCAUCUCGGUCACGGCGCUUACGGCCAUCCUGAAAUACGGGAGGGUCCUUCUCCAUAGCGACCCCUUCAUCAUCUGGCUCUUCCUCACCGUUUAUGCCAUUGCCACCAUCAUGUUCUGUUUUCUGGUGUCAGUGAUUUAUUCGAAAGCCAAGCUGGCCUCAGCCUGUGGAGGAAUCAUUUAUUUCCUGAGCUAUGUGCCCUACAUGUACGUGGCUAUACGAGAGGAAGUCGCCCAUGACAAGAUCACCGCCUUCGAGAAGUGCAUUGCGUCUCUGAUGUCCACCACUGCCUUUGGCCUGGGCUCCAAGUACUUCGCCCUCUACGAGGUGGCCGGGGUCGGAAUCCAGUGGCGUACCAUCAACCAGUCACCAGUAGAGGGCGACGACUUCAACCUCUUGCUUUCCAUGGUUAUGCUGAUUAUUGAUGCCACAGUGUAUGGAGUGCUCACCUGGUACAUCGAGGCUGUGCAUCCAGGAAUGUAUGGGCUUCCCCGACCGUGGUACUUCCCCUUGCAGAAAUCCUAUUGGCUGGGCAGUGGUCGUGUGGAGACGUGGGAGUGGCCAUGGGGAGGUGGGGCCAGACUGAGCGUGAUGGAAGAAGACCAGGCCUGUGCCAUGGAACAUAGACGUUCCGAGGAGACUCGUGGUAUUGAAGAGGAGCCAAGCCACUUACCUCUGGUCGUGUGCAUAGACAAACUGACCAAAGUUUACAAGACAGGCAGCAAACUAGCCCUGAACAAACUGAGCCUGAAUCUGCAUGAGAACCAGGUGGUCUCCUUUUUAGGACACAACGGCGCCGGCAAGACAACCACCAUGUCCAUCCUCACUGGGUUGUUCCCGCCCACCUCUGGCUCGGCGACCAUAUAUGGGCACGACAUCCGCACGGAGAUGGAGCUGAUCAGGAAGAACCUGGGCAUGUGCCCCCAGCACAACGUCCUGUUUGACAAGCUGAGUGUGGAGGAGCAUCUGUGGUUUUACUCGCGACUGAAGGGAAUGGCGGAGGAAGAUAUCCGCAAAGAGAUGGACAAAAUGAUAGAGGACUUGGAGUUGUCCAAUAAACGUCACAGUCUGGUCCAGACGCUGUCUGGAGGUAUGAAGAGGAAGUUGUCCGUGGCCAUCGCCUUCGUGGGCGGAUCCCGCGCCGUCAUUCUGGACGAGCCCACCGCGGGGGUCGACCCUUACGCCCGCAGAGCCAUUUGGGACCUCAUCCUGAAAUACAAACAGGGCCGCACCAUCCUCCUGUCCACACACCAUAUGGAUGAGGCUGACCUGCUGGGUGACAGGAUUGCCAUUAUCUCCCAUGGGAAACUCAAAUGCUGUGGCUCUCCCCUGUUCCUCAAGAGCACUUAUGGCGAUGGAUACAAACUCACACUGGUCAAGAAACAGAGCGACUUACACAGCACCGACCCAUCCAGCCAGCCGCCCUCCUCUGCCGUCCCGUCUUCCCUUUCUCCCUGCUCGGAGUCACGUGUGACUGAGUUUAUCCGUCAGUACGUCGCCUCCUGCAUGCUCGUGUCCGACUCCAACACCGAGCUGUCUUACAUUUUGCCUUCCGAGGCUGUUAAGAAGGGCUGCUUUGAACGUCUCUUCCAGGCUCUGGAGCAGAGCGUGGACCGUCUGGGUCUUACGAGCUUUGGCAUGAUGGACACGACCUUGGAGGAAGUCUUCCUCAAAGUGUCAGAAGAAGACCUGUCUCUGGAGAACAGUGACGCUGAUAUGAAGAACUCUCCUGGUGGUUCUUCUACCGGGAAACCCUCCUCUCUGUUGGCCGGGCCGCAGGCUGACGUCCCCCCCAUCGGUGAGGUGUCCAGGCCGGAGGUGGAACUCAGUAACCUGGUGAUGUGUUCAAGAUUCAGUCAGAGCGAGAGCUCCCUGCAGUCUGGAUCGUCUCUGGGGUCCAUCCGGGGGGACGAGGGAGGUCUCUAUGCUGAUUUCUACGGAGAUUACUGCCCGUUGUUCGACAACGGACAGAACUCUGACUCGGCCAGCUUCAGAGAUGAGGGUGCUUCCCCAGACCCGGUUCUUGAAGGUCAGGGCAGCUUCAAACUGGAGGGCUGGUGGCUUCGUCUUCGCCAGUUCCACGGGCUCAUCGUCAAACGUUUCCAUUGUGCCAAGAGAAACACCAAAGGCCUCUUCUCCCAGAUCCUGUUGCCCGCCUUCUUCGUCUGCGUGGCCAUGACUGUGGCCCUGUCCGUUCCCGAGAUUGGUGAUCUUCCACCUCUGAUUCUUUCUCCAUCUCAGUACCAUAACUAUACGCAGCCACGUGGGAACUUCAUCCCUUAUGCUAACGAGGAUCGGCUUCAGUACAGGAGUAAGCUGUCUCCUGAUGCCAGCCCUCAGAAGAUCGUCAACACCCUCCGUCUACCCUCGGGCGUUGGUGCCACUUGCAUUCUGAAGACGCCCUUCAACAGCACCUUGGAUCAGCUGGCGCAGACGCUCAACCCUUACGCCAACAACUCCAAAACCCUGGCUGCCCGCUACUUCGAUUCCAUGUGCCUCGACUCCUUCACACAAGGAGUUCCCCUCUCUAACUUUGUGCCUCCUCCACCCUCCCCGGCUCCCUCCGAUGACCCAGACCCCAGUUUCGAGGACGGACUCUGGAACUACACGGCCGCCCCACCCACCACUGUUCAUGAAACGAUGACGUCCCCUCCCACGCUUCCGCUCUCAAUCCACGAACCAGUGCGCUGCAUCUGCUCAAUGCAGGGCACGGGUUUCUCCUGCCCCAGUGGGGUGGGAGGCCGUCCGCCCCUCAUGAAGGUGGUGACCGGAGACAUCCUGGUGGACAUCACAGGCCGAAACGUCUCCGAGUACCUCCUUUACACCUCCGAUCGCCUCCGUCUGCACAGAUAUGGAGGUCUGACUGUAGGAAACAUCCAGAAAUCCAUCCCAGCAUCCUUUGGGAGGAAGACGCCACCCAUGGUGCGUAAAAUCGCUGUACGGAGGUCUGCCCAGGUUUUGUACAAUAACAAAGGGUACCACAGCAUGCCCACUUACCUCAACGUCCUUAACAACGCCAUCCUCCGUGCCAACCUCCCGCCAAGCAAGGGCAACCCCGCUGCCUAUGGAAUUACUGUGACCAAUCACCCAAUGAACCGGACCAGUGCCAGCCUCUCUCUGGACUACCUGCUGCAAGGCACAGAUGUAGUCAUUGCCAUCUUUAUCAUUGUGGCGAUGUCGUUUGUUCCUGCCAGUUUUGUGGUCUUCCUCGUCGCUGAGAAGUCAACCAAAGCCAAGCACCUGCAGUUUGUCAGCGGGUGUGACCCAGUCAUCUACUGGCUGGCUAACUACAUAUGGGACAUGCUGAAUUACUUGGUUCCGGCCACAUGCUGUGUUCUCAUCCUAUUUGUAUUUGACCUUCCUGCCUACACGUCCCCCAAAAACUUCCCGGCUGUCCUCUCUCUCUUUCUGCUCUACGGCUGGUCUAUAACUCCCAUCAUGUACCCAGCGUCCUUUUGGUUUGAGGUGCCUAGUACAGCUUACGUUUUUCUCAUCGUUAUCAACCUCUUCAUCGGCAUCACCGCUACCGUGGCAACCUUCUUACUGCAGCUGUUUGAACAUGACAAGGACCUGAAACUGGUGAAUAGCUACCUGAAAUCCUGCUUUUUAAUCUUUCCCAACUACAACUUGGGCCACGGCCUCAUGGAAAUGGCAUACAACGAGUAUAUCAAUGAGUAUUAUGCUAAGAUAGGUCAGUUUGAUAAGGUGAAGUCACCCUUUGAGUGGGACAUUGUAACACGGGGACUGGUGGCCAUGACGAUAGAGGGAUUUGUCGGCUUUCUUAUCACUAUCCUCUGCCAGUACAACUUCCUCAGGAAACCCCAGAGAGUACCAGUGAGCAGCCAGCCUGUUGAGGAUGAUGAUGUGGACGUAGCCUGUGAGAGACGAAGAGUUCUCAGAGGAGACGCAGACAACGACAUGCUAAAGAUCGACAACCUCACCAAGGUGUAUAAGUCUCGUAAGAUGGGCCGUAUCUUAGCAGUGGAUCGUUUAUGUGUGGGGGUGCGUCCAGGGGAGUGCUUUGGGCUUCUGGGUGUGAACGGAGCUGGGAAGACCACCACGUUUAAGAUGCUAACAGGAGACGAAAGCACGACAGGAGGGGAGGCUUUCAUCGGAGGCCACAGUAUUCUGAAGGAACUUUUGCGUGUACAGCAGAGCAUCGGCUACUGUCCUCAGUUUGAUGCUCUUUUCGAAGACCUGACUGCCAGAGAGCAUCUAGAGCUCUACACACGUCUCCGCGGGAUACCGUGGAAGGAUGAGGCGAGGGUGGUCCAGUGGGCUCUGGAGAAACUGGAGCUCACUAAGUACGCCGACAAGCCAGCAGGAACAUACAGCGGAGGGAACAAACGCAAGCUGUCCACUGCCAUCGCUCUCAUCGGUUUCCCCUCUCUCAUCUUCCUGGAUGAGCCUACAACAGGCAUGGAUCCAAAGGCGCGCCGUUUCCUAUGGAACCUCAUUCUGGACAUCAUAAAAACAGGCCGCUCUGUAGUGCUGACAUCACACAGUAUGGAGGAGUGUGAGGCUUUGUGCACCAGACUGGGCAUCAUGGUUAACGGCAGGUUCAAGUGUCUUGGGAGCAUACAGCAUUUGAAGAACAGGUUUGGGGAUGGAUACAUGAUCACGGUGCGCACAAAGACCACGGCGAGUGUGAAAGAAGUGGUGCGGUUUUUUAACAGGAACUUUCCGGAAGCUGUACUGAAGGAGCGCCACCACACCAAGAUUCAGUACCAGCUGAAGUCAGAACACAUUUCUUUGGCUCAGGUCUUCAGUAAGAUGGAGCAAGUGGUUGAAGUCCUGAGCAUUGAGGACUACUCUGUUAGCCAGACGACACUGGACAAUGUGUUUGUAAACUUUGCCAAGAAACAAAGCGAUAACCUGGAGCAGCAGGAGAGUUCGCCCUCUAGUGGUGGCCAGUCACCUUUGCAGCGCCUACUCAGCCUCCUCAAACCCAGAGCAGCCAACACGGAACUGAGUGCACUGGUCAGCGAAGAACCUGAGGAACUGGAAAGCGACGAUGAUGAGGGACUCAUCAGCUUUGAGGAAGAGAGGGUGCAACUGUCCUUUAAUACAGACACUCUGUGCUGACAGAGAACACCAUAUGAUGGAUGAAGACAAUUUUGAAAAACACAGCCUCAAGCGCAGACUUCAGUCUGAUUUUUGGAAGUUAUGUUUAAGUUUCAAUAAUCUCCUCUGGCCAAGUUCUGCUUGUUUCCCUCCAUGGGGACGGAUAUCUUGUUUUUCCCUGUGUACUUUUAGGUUGGCUAGGGAGACGAGUAGUGUAUGGUAUAUGUUUGUCAGAAAAACCUGUUUUAUGGGGACAUAUGACAUGACAAAAAUGUGUUCUACAGGGACAAGAUGAAGUAGACAGUGCCCCAAGUGGACACAGAUCAAACUGACCCCUAUCUGCAGGAAGCCAAACUCUGCAGGUUGACAAAAAGAGAUUCUUUGUUAUGGGCCUACUAUGGAGAAUGCUUGCAUUUUGAAGAUAUGAUUUUGAUGAAAUGCAUAUUUGUUAAGAAUUAGGCCUGCUGGGCGGGGAGCAAGGCGAAUGUUUUCACUGAUAGGGGAUUGAUCGAGGACAUUGAUCAGAGUAAAAUCUUUUGUUUGUUUUUCUUUUUUUUUUCUUUUUUUUUUAAGCUUUGAUUACGAGGUCGUCAGAGACGUGGACUUCUCUAGGAGGUUAUAUGUUCCUGUUUUGUAUAAGUUUCCAUUUUGGGACCACUGAUGUCAGAACAUAUCAUCUUUUACAAGGUGAGGCCGGGGUGACCAAACUCGGUUAGGUUUUUUUUUGGUUCAGGGUUUUUUUCCCGUCUUUUCCUUUUAUAAUAAAGUAAAUUCAGUUUGUUUGUGGUUAAAGCUAUGAUGUUACUGCACAUUUAGUUUUUCUUU